GGCUCGCCCGGCGCGGGGGCCGGAGGCCGGCGCCGCCCGGCCGGUGCGGUACGGUGCCGUCAGCCGCGGGCGAGCGGCCGCGCCCGGGCCAUGCACUCCCUCGCCCAGGAGAUCCGCAGCUUCUCCAGGGACAACCUGCGGAAGCAGCGUACCCGCGUAACGACGCUGACCGGCAGGAGGAUCAUCGAGACGUGGCGCGGCGCCUGCUUGCAGGUGGAGGAGGAGGAGGAGGCGGCGGCGCCCGGCGGUAGCGGCUAUGUGCAGGACCUCAGCGCCGACCUGCAGGUCGGCGUCGUGAAGCCCUGGCUGCUGCUGGGGUCGCAGGAUGCUGCUCACGACCUGGAGACGAUGAAAAAGCAUAAGGUUACUCAUGUUCUAAAUGUGGCAUAUGGAGUCCAAAAUGCCUUCCUUGAUGACUUUAUAUACAAGACCAUUUCUAUUCUGGACCUCCCAGAAACUGAUAUUAUCUCUUAUUUCCCAGAGUGUUUUGAGUUUAUUGAGAAAGCCAAGAUCCAGGAUGGUGUGGUGCUGGUCCACUGUAAUGCAGGAGUCUCCCGUGCAGCAGCAGUAGUCAUUGGUUUUCUAAUGAAUUCAGAAAGACUGAGUUUUGCUAGAGCCUUUUCCUUGGUGAAAAGUGCAAGACCUGCAGCUUGUCCAAAUCCCGGCUUCAUGGAGCAGCUUCACAAGUACCAGGAACAGAAUAUAAAGGCAAAUGGAAGCAUAAAUGAUCACGACUGAUCAAAAGGGAGAAGCGAAACAAUCUGCUUUGACUAGACAGUAACAAAUGUUGGAUGUACUUUAAUAUGUCAUUUUGCAGUUCCCUUUCACAUGUGCAUUUUAAAGUCUUUACAUAUUUAGUAUUUUUUCUUACUGCACUUUGACUCCUUUUUUUUCAGAAUGUAGUCUGAAGGCCAAAUGGUAUUCCACUGACUUCAGAGGUGAUUUUGGCCAAGAACAAGCUCUGCCUUGAGUACUAAUAAAAAGACAAAGUUCGAUUUUCCUUGAAAUAUUAGAAAAAACCCAGAAUUAUGGUUUUGGUUGAGUUUUUUUUAUUCAACCACAGAAUCAUAGCAUGGUUAGGGUUGGAAAGGGCCUUAAGAUGAUCUAGUUCCAACCUCCUCAUCUAGUUCCAACUCCAUUAGAAAGUGCAGGCAAUAGAGAAAGGACAUAAAAUAACUGAGAUAAGUUGCCCUGUUCACUUUAAUACUAAACCAAAUGUAUGCAUUGUAGUUGGUUGUAAAAUCUAGUUAAUAAAAUGCUGAUACAAUAAAGUACCUUGAUAUUAGAUUUUAAAUUUAUAUUGCAACUAAAGAGUAUUUUAUUGAAUUUUGUGUAACCAUUAAAUAUUUUCGGAAAUUAAAACAGAUGGUCUUUUGAGGAUGCUCAGAAUGUGUAGGAUGCUUUAAUGCUUCAUGUCUUUUUACUGUUUCUCAUCAAGUAGUGAUUUAAAGUGUAGUAAUAUGGUGUUCCCAAAGUGCCAGCACCAGGCUAUCAGGAGUUUUUCGUAGAUUGUUUUGGUGGAGAUACAAAAAAUGUUUAUAACAACCUAUCUCUGACUCGCUGCUACUGCCUUUUCUUUGCAUUUGGUCCUCAUCCCAGGUCGGACAGGGCCUGGAGCAACCUGCUCUAGUGGAAGUUGUCUCUGCCCAUGUCAGGGGGUUGGAACUGAAUGAGCUUUAAGGUCCCUUCCAGCCCAAACCAGUCUGUGAUUCUGUAAUACUGUGAUUCAUUUGCUGUCCCCUCACUCCAUUCCACAUCAAAUAUAAAAACCAUACAUCAUAGCAUUGGUAACGUUGACUCUCCUGACAGAUCUUGGGAUGGAAUUACUGUAUUAAGAUGGCAUGGUUUUGGUUUUAGUAUGUCUGUAAAAGAUUUUAAUAGUAUUUUUAUGGCCUUCAUGCCAGUUCCAAAUUAUUUGAUAUAUUAAUAUGCAAUAAAAUAAAAAGAACACUGUGUUUGAA